UGUGUGUGUGUAUGUGUGUGUGUGUGUGUGUGUGUGUGGUUUCUCUCUCCCUUGUAAGAACACAGCCGCCUGCCUGCCUGUCUCCUGCUGUCGGGGCUCCUCUCACUAGCUUUUUGCUGCUUUUUGCCUCUUCUCUUUCUGCUUAGCUCCUUGCCUUCUGAAAUGAAGCUAGUUUGAACCUCAGAAAAAGUGUCUUCCUGAUGGAUAAUUACGUGUUGCUCAUCUGGGAAAAGGAAAAUACCAGAAAAGCCAGAAAGUAUUUCCUAUACUGCUCCCAGUAUGGAGAUGAAUCAGUCUGUACAGCUCUCGGGGGAACCCCAAUCAACACCUCCAGGGGACAAUUCAUUACCCACUCAAAAUGGUCUGGAGAAGCAAGAUGAGAAGGAUUCCUCAACCCUACUCCAAGCACCAGAGGGGAAGGCAGGUAUGCAGACUGAACAGGGAGCUCAUGAUAUCUCUGAGGAGCUGAACCGACAACUGGAAGACAUCAUCAAUACAUAUGGGUCUGCUACUGAAAAAGAGGGUCCCACCAAAGCAAAGGAGCAGCCUGAGAACACAGAACCACCCGACCAUGAGGACAGGGACUGUGAUGAGGCCACUGAAGAGAUCGAGAGAGAACCCACAGCUUCUGGAGAGCCAGCCACAGCCAAAGAGGCUGUCAGUAAUAAAGAGCAAAAAUUGGAAAAGAAAAUCCUGAAAGGAUUAGGCAAAGAAGGCAACCUGCUCAUGCAAACGCUGACCAAGCUACAAACACCUGAAGAAAAAUUUGACUUUUUAUUCAAGAAGUAUGCUGAAUUGCUGGAUGAACAUCGCACUGAGCAAAAGAAGUUAAAGCUCCUACAAAAGAAACAGGUACAAAUGCAAAAAGAAAAGGACCAGUUGCAAGGGGAACACAGCAGAGCCAUACUCGCUCGAAGCAAACUGGAGAGUCUAUGCCGGGAGUUGCAGAGACACAACAAGACGCUGAAGGAGGAAACCCUUCAGAGGGCACGUGAGGAAGAAGAGAAAAGGAAGGAGAUCACAAGUCAUUUCCAGACUACUCUGACGGAUAUCCAGGCCCAGAUUGAACAGCAGAGUGAGCGAAACAUGAAGCUGUGUCAGGAGAACACAGAGCUUGCAGAGAAACUGAAAAGCAUCAUUGAUCAGUAUGAGCUCAGAGAGGAGCAUCUGGACAAAAUAUUUAAACACAGAGAACUACAGCAGAAGCUGGUGGAUGCAAAACUGGAACAGGCACAAGAAAUGAUGAAGGAAGCAGAGGAGCGACACAAACGCGAGAAGGAAUAUUUGCUGAACCAGGCAGCAGAGUGGAAACUUCAAGCCAAAGUGCUGAAGGAACAAGAGACAGUCCUGCAGGCUCAGCUUACUCUCUAUUCCGGAAGGUUUGAAGAGUUCCAGAACACACUGACAAAAAGCAAUGAGGUGUUUGCCACUUUCAAACAGGAAAUGGAUAAAACAACCAAGAAAAUGAAGAAGUUGGAGAAGGACACAGCCACGUGGAAAGCCCGGUUUGAGAACUGUAACAAAGCUCUGUUGGACAUGAUUGAAGAGAAAGCAUUGAGAGCCAAGGAAUAUGAGUGCUUCGUGAUGAAAAUUGGGAGGCUGGAGAACCUCUGUCGAGCUUUACAAGAAGAGAGAAACGAGCUCUACAAAAAAAUCAGAGAAGCAAAAAUGCCUGAAAAAGAUGACCAAAGUCAGCACACCUCCGACGACGAGGAGCUAGAGUCUGCUGUUUCUGUGGGCGGCGAGGUUGAUGCAGAGGAAGCCGACAGUGUUCACAAUGCUGUGAAAAAUCUGGCCACAGCCUUCAUGGUCAUCCGUUAUCCGGAGUCGACCUUCGAGCAGUCCAAAGAAAUCCCACCAGAAUCCGGCAGUCCUCAAGGGGUUGGUGACUCGGCCCUCAAGGAGCCAGAACAAUCCCCUCUGAGCCCUUUAUGCCACUCAGAGAUUUCCCUGCCUCCCCCAACUCCUCAGGCUGAGGCCGAAGGAGGCAAUGAGGCAGAACCGCCCCCCAGGCCCAGCAAUCCCCCCGCGGGGUCGGCAGCAGAGGCCCAAGACCAGGGUCUCCUUCCAGCAGCCCAGGCUGAUCAGCAGCCCCAGAAGCCAGAGGCAGAAGCUUCGAGUCAGGCCCCACAGUCCCUGGCAGAGGCUUCCCUACCAGUGAUGGAGGCAAAUGGUCCUGCUCCACCACCCACAGCAGGUGAGCAAAUUCUAGUUGGGGAGCUCGGAUGUGGGCCCAGUAGGCAGCCACCCCCACUGGAAGCAGCAGCAUUGAGACCACCAACAGGGGUCUCGGUGGAGCCCCAGCUGCCCCAGGUGGCUGACACCAACCUGGAAGGAGUAGACUAAGCCUCGUCGUGGUGCCUUCCGAGCUUAGUGCCUUCCCAGCUUCACGUCUUCAUCGUGACAGAUUGUCUUCUGAAAGAGGCAUUAAGGGCCAGGGAUGUCUAAGGGAAGAGACUUAAUUAGAAUCAAGACAUUUUUAAAUGUUAUGCAGAGCACAUUCAGCCUGUGCUAUUUGUUCUCAAUUUAUAACUGAUUUGGAGCUUUUCUAUUUAACGUUGGUUGACAGUACAAUUUUCCCAAAUGGCAACAAAACAUACAAAUAGCAAAUUCAUACGAAUUUUCCACUGAGAUGGUAUUUAUUUCAAUUUUUUAAUCAACAGUAGGAUUUGGUGUUUAAAGACUUCUCCUACAAUAUGUAAAUGCAUAAAAAGUGAUUGUUAUUUAUUUCCCUAUAUAUUUUAAUAAGUUCUAUAGUAAAUUAUGGAUGUCCAGGUUUCAUUUAAGCAACAUUUACAUAAUAUGUGCAUAUGUGUAGAUGUAUAUAUAUAUAUGUAUACAUGUGUGAAUGUAUACGUAUGUGUGCGAAUAUAUACCUAUCCGAGUUUAUGCACCUAUAUGUACGUGUGUGUAUUAUAUAUGUGUGUGUAUAUAUAUACAAAUAUAUUAUAUACUAAUAUAUAUUACACAUACAUUUCAUCCCUCUUCGGAAUUCUCUCAUGCAAAAUAUUUAGACAGUAAUCAAAAAAAUUAUCUCUUACUUGCUUGGGAUGACAGUAGAUUAAUGCUCUAUGAAUCAGAAGUAGGUUCAAAAUACGAGCAUUUAGGCCAUGUAAUGUAGGGCAAAAACAAGUAACCAAAUGGUAAGUCAAUACAUUCAAUCAGUUGAUCCAAAGAUAGAACAGCAGUUGGGUUAGAUUCUAAGUCUGCAGAACACAUAGACACAAAGGUGCCACAAGGGGCAAUAGACAGAAUAGGGGAACAAUCACAGCCCUCGAUGGCUCAUCUCUUCCAGCGGCCUCUCCAACACAGCUCGGCCCAUUGCCUUGCCACCCCAUGUGGUGGGGCAGCCCACUCAUGGCUACCUGCAAGGAAAGGGUGGGAAGUGGGAGAGCAAGCAAGGGCAUGGAGGGAUUGAGUGCCCGGGGACUGAUACGAGGCUAUGCUCUCAUCCCCUGACUCUUGUGCUAUGGAAGUCUUGAAAAGGAAUGUUCGCCUGGCCCGGCCACGUCCUCAGUUCUCUCGCGGUCAUCUUCUGCUCUCUCCAGAGGGUUUCCCACCAUUUCUUGCUGUCACUGCCUCAAUCUAUAUUCUCAAAGCAUCUUCACAUUUUUUCCAACCUUCACACCCUUUACAGGAAAUUAUACCCCGUCCUCAUCUCAAUAACUGAUAAGUAAAAGCUAUUAUUUUUACAAGACAGAAGUCCACAUAGGGUCUCAAGAUGAGUGAUGAGGUGCACCAAACAAUAUAUUAUCUGCUCUGGGGAAUUCUUUACAACCAGAAGUACAAAUGGCUGGAAAAACAGGUGAGGAUUCAGCAGGAGGCAAAAGUUAGAUGGUCUACAGGAGUAUUACAUUAUUAUUGGACAAGAACCUCUAAUACAACUGACAGCAUAAAUUACUCUACCAGAUUUACCAAAACCCGGUAAAUCCAGUAAAUCUGGUAAAGGGAGACUGGAACAAAGAAAUAGGAAGGAAGGAAGGGAAGGAACGGGGAAAGGGAGAGGAGGGAGAAAAGGAAAAAAAAAAAAAAAAAAGGUCUAACCCAGCCCUACCUCAAAAGUUGAAUUCAAGUAGAAAAAUGGAUAAAAGCAAGAUUCUCUACUAUUCAUCCAGAAAAUCAUUCUUCAGUGUUGCAUGUGGCUGUCUGCCAAGGAAUACAAAAUGCUUGUAGGCAGCAACCAUAUGCUACAAGAAUUGUAAACUGCAUAAAAUUUGUUUGAAGUCGACAGUGAGGGUAAUAACGAAAUGCUAAUCGGGAGAAAAAGCAUAUCCCUAUUGAAGAACCAAUGUAUUUUUAUUUAUUUUUUUCCAUGUAUUUUUGAAGGCUUGCAAUAUUAUAACCACAGACUAUCCAGCCAAAUUCAACAUUACUGGAAAUCUUAGAGAUUUAAACAUUCAUUUAAUUCAGAGCUAAAUACUCACCAUAACAAUCCAGGAGGGUCUCCUUCUGUUUACAGAAGGUAAACUUCCAAGAAUGGAGUAAGAUUAGAUAAUCAUAGUAAAGUCUCAGUCUGAAUGUUUAGCAAGAGAAACAGGCAGGAGAGGAGCCAAAAUCUGGUAAAUCAGGUAUUCUAAUACCCAAAGUUCAUUUUUUUCAUCCAAAAAGCUUUCACAGCAACACAUUACUCACUACUGUGUAUAUCUUGGGCAGAAUUUCAAUACAACACCUUACCUAAAAUUUGCAAAGCUUAAUUUAGACUUUGGAAGGAUUAUUUUAAUAUUCAAAGAAUGUUUUAUUAUAGUCUGUGUUAGAAUUCGGCCUUGCUAAUUAUCACAAUAAUUCAUACGACCUGAAAGAGUAAGGAAUUUCUGUUCUUUAUCAAGUUCGUGUAACUAUUUCUAGAGAUGCCAAGUCUACUUUUCCAGAAACACCAGUAUUGUUUGUGUUUUCUUAAUUAAAUAACUAUAAUUUAUGUAUCUAUUAAAGUUACUUCUCUUCCCACA